GAUGGUUUGCUGGGGGAUGGAAUAUGUCCUUGUAAGAAAAGAAAAAAAACUGCGGGCAACUCCCUUCCAGGUAACUUUUUGCAUUUACGGACUUAGGAGCAUCAACAGAGGUUCUUAGCAGCUGAUCUCACACCCAUUCCAACAUAAUGGAGUCAGCUGAAGCUGUAGCGGCCGAUGUGCACAGCAAGAGAAGUGUUACCAUUGAAAUCUCAAACGUCACUAACAACUACUGCCUCAUCAAACCAAGGGUGUUCAUUGAGAAUGGGGAGACAUACAACCCACCCCAACCUACAGUGCGCCCUCUGAAGACAGAAGUGUGCACUUUCUCUAAGUCGGGCGGCAAAGCGACCGGUGCAAUUGGUGUGAUGACCUACGACCUGUUCGAGAGGUCGCAGAACGACUACAUCGAGACGCUGGCCAUCAUGUUCUCGGUUCCAUGGGACUACAACCUGUACAAGAACUGGUUCGCAGUGGGCCUCUAUAAAAAGGGCCAAAUCUGUGAUAAGGAGUUAUACAAACAAAUGUACUAUGAGAAAAAACAGCAUGAGCACGGGUUUGUCAGGGAGGAGUGCACUGGGUCAGGUAUCAAUUACGUGGGAAAAUAUCUAGAUGUCAAGGCCACCAUGAGCCCUCUGGGUAACGCUGUGAUGAAGGUGGAGUUGUGGGAUAAGCUUUUCACACCCAUGGGCCAGCAGUCGUACUAAAGAGCCAUCAUAACUAAUAUCUCUGUCACAGGCUGCAAAGUUAUUCCCUCCACCUCAACAUUUACCUGGCAACACGCAUGAUUUAACAGAUGUAUUGUUGCUGACAUGUGUCUGUAUACCCCGGGUAUUACCUCUCAGUAAAUCUGCUUAAGAUCAGAGUUUGGUUUGUUUAUAAAUCCAGAUGGCAUUAUCCCCUCCUUUAAAGCCGAAGCCUCUGUCUGUUUCUAUAGCAUCCGUUUUUUAAAUGGCAUCUUUAGAAAUGAAAAUCAAAGGAUGACUCACCAGAGAACGAGGGCACAUUGCUUAAUAAAUCACACCAAGAGCUUUUUCUGUAUUUACCUUGACACAGUAGGAAUAAAAGAAACCUUUUCACUCCA